AUGACGCACUAUUCGCCUCCCGACUGGAGCUCCACGGGCCGUAAUGUCUUCGCUCUAUCCCUGGAGGUGAUCAAGAGCGGCGUGACAGUCGACAGGCUACCAUUAGAUCAACCAGACGGUCGUAGCUACGUCGUCGUUGGACGAAUGGAGACCGUGUGCGACGUGGCGCUCGCCCAUCCUUCCAUCUCGAGAGUCCACGCUGUCCUGCAGUUUGACGAACAAGGCGCGCUCUUCCUCUACGACACGCGAAGUACCCACGGGUGCUACGUGAACAAGAGACGGGUCCCUGCUGAGGAUUUCGUGCGGUUACAUAUUGGCGAUGUGCUCGUGUUUGGAGAAAGCACGCGUCUGUACGUGGUCUGUGGACCGGCAGAGCUCUUACCGCCCGAGUACGAGUCGGCAAAUUUGACCAAAUUGAGAGAGAAUCUGGACGAGAGAAGGAGUGUACAAGACGACAGGAAGCAGCUGGAAGAACGGGGAGUUUCGUGGGGGUUCGGAGAAGAUGCUGAGGACGGGGAGGAAGGCGAGAGCGAUGAAGAGAUGGAUGCUGCCAAGACCCGUGAGGUUUUGCCUGACUACCUUUGUAAUCUGAAGGAAGAUGAUCAGCCAUAUACGUCGAGCGUAGGUCCGUCGCAGAUUCACGAGAAAGAUCAGCGACUAUAUCAGCAGCUGCAGACACGUAUCCGUAAGAUGGAAAACCUGAAGUUGGAGAGAUCGAGGAUUUUGGCGAAACAGAACCAGCUGAACGGCCUUUCGGAAGGCCAGCAAAACACGCUGGAUCGAAACGAACAGCGGAUUGAUGCACUGAUGAAAGAGAUUGAUAACCUAGAAGGACGAAUACAUGCGAAGAAUGAUCAGCGAACGCAAUCUGGCAGCGCUGCUGGCACCGCUGCGGGGAAAAAGCUGAACGUGAACGAAGAGCUGUACGGAUACAGCAGUGACGAAGACGACUUUUAUGAUCGGACGAAAACCAAUCAACAGAAGAUUACAGCUCGGAAGCACAAGGUUACAUGCUCGGUAGUCACUCUGGGUGUGCCUACAGCGGCACCACAGACACGAACGACGAAGAGCACAGUUCUUACCGAAGCCUCGAUUAAGGCAAAUGUCAAGAAACUGGAAGCCGAACUUGCGAAAGUUCAGGACGAGCUGGCUGCUAAGAUAGGUCAUGAUAUCCGUGGAGAUAGCGAAACGCAAAUGGGAACGGACACUUUGGAUUCAUUUAUGGCAGCGACGACGACACAGCUGCAGGAGAGCAAGGUAGACGCGCUGACAAGAAGGAAGGAGGAGAUGGAGGUGGAAUUGAGGCGCCAGCGACAGCUACUUGCAGUAGCAACGCCAGCGUUAGCUGCAAUUCCAAUCUCGGAGCCAUACGCUGGUACGGGAACAGACGUUGUCAAGACCAGCCCAUUGGCUCUUGUAUCAGCGAAAAAACCAUCAGCUCAAGAUGUAGCAAAUGUACAAGACGUAGCGCCAAAGGAUACGUCAGCUGCAGCAUUUGUACAAGAUGUAGCGCUAAAGGAUACGUCAGCUGCAGCAAAUGUACAAGACGCAGCGCAAAAGGAUACGUCAGCUGCAGCAAAUGUACAAGACGCAGCGCCAAAGGAUACACCAGCUGCAGCAGAGAUGCAAUCUCUUGCCACAGCCAUUUCAAGCGCACAGACGCUGGCUUCACCGAGACCGGAGGAGACGGCAGACGAAACUGAUGUCAAGCCAGUCGCGCCGAAACGGCGGCGAAUUGUAGGUCCAGCACUGGUUUCAUCUUUACAGCCAAAUCCGCCAGUGAGCAAUGGGCAGCCCGGCAAUGACCCAAGUGUUUUAGAGGGAGGCGAUCAGGUAUGGGUCCCGCCAACAAACCAAACUGGUGACGGCCGCACCAAGCUGAAUGACAAGUACGGCUAUUAG